AGAUGGGAUGAGAAAAGAUAAGUGUCCUGCACUGCAAAUGGCCUCCUGUUUGACAUUUAUUGUUUGCUAGUCUGGAGUCAGCUUUGGUGGAUGAAGAAGGUUGAUGACUCUAAGAUGUUUGACAGAAUCAAACCAUCUGAUGAAGGUUCUGCUUCUUCAGCACAAGGAAUUGAAAGACAUGGUGUUGAAGGCUCUCUACGACAGGACAGAAAUAGCAGUUUACACACAAGAGGGCAAGAACAUCCUGGGCCUGGAGUAUCCACUAUGCAAAAUAGACAAGGAUACUGCAACUGUUGCCAUGUACACUACAGUAAUCUGGAACAGCAUGUUUUCAGCUCCCAGCACAGACAUUUUACCGCUUACUGUAGGAAUCGUAUGGGUACCAGUAGCUUGAUGGAGCGUUUCCUGCAAGAUGUUUUACAGCAUCAUCCCCACAGAUACCAUGACAACAGACCAACCUAUGAUGACAUGCCACUCCCCGUCACUCCAGAGGCUGCUAGGAUUGCUUGCCUGUCCCCAGAAGAGAUGCAGAAAAAGAGGAACAGAGACAGCCAGGAGAUUUCUGGCAAAGACCAGGAGUCUGUUGGUGAAAUAUGCUCUUCUGCUCCAUGCCUGUCUCAUGAGGGCACAAAGAAAACUUCUGUAACACAAGCAUUUAUUCAAAAACUAGAAAGAGGGCAGGAACAUGUUAUAAGAAUAUCCCAGCAGUCUAUGGGCAUUUGUAGCAAUGAGAAACGGGAUACCUUCAAAGAUGCUCAAAUUGCAAACCAUAGCCAUGAAGGCCAGUUUACAGCUGUGAGCCCUGUACCUCAGCGUUUUUCUGUCAGUCCUUCAAUCCAUAGUUCUUCUGUUAAUCCUAAAACAGGAAAAAAUGUUAGGAAUUUGGCAGCAUCAAAUCUGAUUCCGCAUGGUGGAUGUGAUAAAACAGGAAUGGAGGUAUGCAAUAGUGAUGUGUUAUUGAACCCAUGCUUGAAUCCUGCUCCGGCACUGGUUCACCCAAAAUGCCCUUCACUUUCUCAUCAGAAUCCUAUGUGCAGCCACAGCAAUUCUUUAUGUAUUACCUCAGGUCAAUCUCUCUCAAAACGAGAUGGUUUACAAACUCAGGAUGAAACUUUGGUGUCUGAUUUCCAUCUCAGGGAUACUGUGGGUAUCAGCAGCUCCCUAGAUCUUGGGACAUCCCCACAACUAGCAAGAUGCAAAAACGUGAAGACGAACAGAGGUGAUGAAAGUUCAGUGGAUGAAACUAUUGAAGAUGUUAUUUUGAAAUACUGCCAUGGAACUACAUCUGAAGAAAUUUAUUUCAAAGAAGAGAAUAAUCCCUGUUUAACUUUUUCAUCACUUCUGGACCAUACUCAUUUAGAGGGUUCUGAAAUGAGUUUUGACUGUGAUGCACCUAUUCAGGCAGGAACAGACUUACCCAAGGCAGCUAUAGAAGAUAUAGAAUUUCUAAAAGAGGUCCAAAUAAGUUUGCAAGAUAAAGACUAUGGAACACAGCUCUCUUCUGUUUUAAAAAGUGAGUCAGUAGAGAAAAUAGAAACAGUGAAACAGGAUGUCAUAGUUCAUACUGAAGAACCAGUUCUUCCAGCUCUGCCUCAUGUGCCUCCUUCUUUUGUGGGAAAGACUUGGUCUCAAAUAAUGUAUGAAGAUGAUAUAAAAAUUGAAGAACUCGUGCGUGAUUUCAGGGAAGGUCGUUUUCGCUGCUACUUUGACAGUGAAUCCUCAGCCAACUGUACAGGGAAGAGAAUGAAGAAAAAAAAGCAGAAGGAUGAAAAAAAGGACAAUAUUGUUGAGGGUAAUAGAACAGAAAGUGCAUCAGUUAAAGCAUUGCCAGAAUUUAAUGAUGCUUUAAGUGGUGGCUCUGAUUUUCGUAACCCAUCUUUAGCCUCAGAUACGCUAUGCAACCCACAAAUUCUUAAAAUGCCUAGGAAAAGGACAUGGCGCCUGGCUUCAAGAUGCCAGGUGGUUAAAGUGAGCCAUGGCACCCAAACAAGCCUAUUGAACUACCCUGUAGCAAAAAGAAAAAUGUCUAGACGGGAAUCUGAUCCAACUGAUCAGAAAGCAAGCAUUGUGUGGCCGGAGAAUGAAAAAACUCCACACAUGAAAACUAGACUAUGUGCCCUUAAACUUCCUGAGUCCUAUAGCAAGAUUAUGAGUCCUGUACAGCCCAAGACAGUGGUGUAUGUACUUUCGUGCCCAGAGAUAAAACAGUGUAAAGGUAAACCUAUAGAUACUCCCAAAAUGAGGAAAAAUCGUAACUCCACAGAUAGCAAGGACUCUGUAAGGUAUAAAUACAAACAGUGUUCUUUUAAGUAUUAUGACCCACUGACAAAUCGAAUUCUGAAAACGCCUCCGAAGACUACAGUUGGAGAAAAGGCCAAAAAGCCCUCCCACAUUCGACAGCUUUUCAGAAGUCUCAGCUUUGAUGCAAACAUGAGGAAACUAGCUGAUGCACAGAGAGAAAGUACGCCGUCAAAGUCACUCAAUUGGUCAGACUUCUAUAGUUCAUCUUCAGCAUCUUUCCUGCCAGAUCCAGGUAAAGGGAAUGAUACAGCCUCAAGUCAAAAGGCAGAUGGAUCUUCUGUUUCCAAAGAAAGAACAGAUUAUCUGGUAUCUGGUCACUCUGAGAACUCUUUUAAGCACCUGAUCAUUUCACCUUUGAACUCUCAUCAGUCUGUGGUAGAAGGAGAUGUUAGAUUAACUCCAUUUAACAGUAGAGUUACCAAAACUCCUCUGACUUCCAUCAGGAGUGAGCAGUUAGAGAGGGAAAAUCCAAAGGCAGUAUGGAAGAGAAAAGAAGACACUAAUAAAGAACCAGUUUUUUCCAGAAAGGCUGCAGGACCUGUGUCUGUCAGAUGUACUGGUGGGAGGAGAGGAAACACAGGCAAACAAACUUCCAGAGCUAAAAAACAGCAAAAAGAGGGGAUGAGAAGGAAACUCCGCCCUCGUGCCCAGAAAUCUUCUGCUUUUUCCAUCCAUAGGUGCCAGACAAGGAAAACUACAGUGGGAAAGCACCUUAAGAAGGAAAAGCCUGAUGCUAAAAAAUUAAAGGUGAGGAAGAAACCAAAAAGGACCUUUCUGAACUCAACAGUUGUCACAGGGAUUCCUGAAAAGAGGCAGAAAGUCACAUCGGAAUCUUUUCCCAAGAAGCCAAAACGAGCUUCUUCCAAAGUCAGGAACUGGGAAGUAAGUGGAGAUCGGGGUCACCCUAGCACUGUGAACCAAACCUCUAGAAGAACUUCUGCUGUACCGUUACUUCGAAACUGUCUACCAG